AUGUCGAAUUCAUCAAGUAUCUUUUCCUAUCAGUGGAUCAGUCAAUCUAUGACGAUCUACUUCGGAUUUUUUACGUUAAUCACUGGCUUCUUCGGUGGUCUUCUAAACAUUUUGGUUUUUACAACAUUGAAAACAUUUCGAUCAACUCCGUGUGUGUUUUAUCUGACCACGGCUUCAGCUGUGGAUGUUGCUCAAUUGUUAACUUCGUUAUUAAUUCGAAUACUUUCCUACGGUUUUUACAUUGACCCAACACGAGUAUCCUGGUUUUGUAAGCUUCGAAUGUUUACCGUGCAAUACUCCGCUUUGAUUUCUUUAACUUGUAUGUCGUUAGCAAUAGUGGAUCAGUUUGUGUCAAUGAUACAUCAACGGUUGAGUAGUCUACAAUUAGCUCAUCGACAUGUUUUCAUCAGUUGUAUUAUUGUUCUCAUUCACGGAAUUCCCUUUUUGCUUUAUUUUGAUUCGGUAGAUGGCUUAUGUCAAAUAGUUGACUCGAGCUUUGCUAAAUACUUUUCGUUUUUUUAUCUCCCUUUCCUGCUCGGUUUUCUGCCGCUUAUUAUCAUGAUUACCUUUGCUUCACUAGCAUUUUUUACUAGCCGCACCCACGCCAAUCGCAAUCGGCAUAUUGAAGUUUCAAGUCGGAAUCGACAAUUAUCAGCGAUGGUAUUAGUUCAAGCGAUUUUCAUUGUUCUACUGACAGUACCGUAUUUAAUUGUGACUAUUUAUGCAUUAACUGUAGAUUCACCUCAACAAGAUCCGGUGUUACACGCGCGAAAUAACAUGAUUCAGUCGGUAACAAUUUUAUUUUAUUAUGAAAGCUAUGCAACGCCGUUCUAUGUUUUCUACGCGGUUUCGAGACGAUUCCGUAAACAAGUUGGUUAUGUCUUGUUUGAUAUACAUUUCAAACGAUUUCAACAAGCGACAAAUAAUCUCAACAAUAAUCAAGUUGUACCGAACACAGAAAUAGAUUGA